AUGUCUUCCCGCACCACCAGCCGCGAGGCAUCAACCGCGUCCUGGAGUAGCUCCUCUUCCCAGCAGCAGCAGCAGCCGGCCCAGCCCGAAAAGGACACCGAGCAGGGCCAGGAUGAGCGCCCAGCUGGAACUGCGGCGGCAGACAAGGCGCUCCCGGCUCCGGGAGAAGGCAGCGACGUGACCACCCUGGACGUCAGCGGCGAGGGCACGACCGUCAAGCUCGGGGCGCUCGGACCCCUCGUGGUCAACCAGGACGGCACCAUGUCCCGGAUAUCGAAUUGGGCAGAGAUGACCGACAUUGAGAGGCAAAACACGCUCAGGAUCCUGGGGAAGCGCAACAAGCUUCGGCUGGCUACUCUUCGCGAAUCGCAAAACGGCGGCGACGGCUCAUCUAGCAACAAUUGA